CAACAAUGACCUCCGAGUGGGACAUCAACGAUGCGCACAUCCCGUUCGUGCAGGACGUCGCGUACGACAAGUUCAACGAGUGGGCCGACGGCCACUGCCGGUACGUGUACCUGCCGACGGAAGACCAAGCCCGGAAGCACAUCUCUGGCUGGGCGAUGCGUAACACCAACAACCACAACGUGGCAAUCCUGAAGAAGAGCUGCCUCGGCGUGUUGAUCUGUUCGGCCCGCUGUCGGUUACCUAACGGGGGUCAGAUCCAUCUGCGGCCGGCGAUCUGCGACAAGGCCCGGCGGAAGCAACAGGGGCGGGCGUGUCCGAAUCGGAACUGCAAAAAUGGUCGACUGGAGGUGCUGGCCUGUCGGGGUCAUUGCGGAUAUCCGGUGACGCACUACUGGAGACACACGGACCGGGCUAUAUUCUUCCAGGCCAAGGGUAGUCAUGACCAUCCGAAGCCAGAGUCCAAGACCUCGGGGGAGACCCGCAAGCUGGUCGGGGUGUGUGGUUCGAAGAGCAAGACCAAGAAAUUGUCGGUGCUACUGCUGAGGGAUGCCGCAUUGGGGAAUAAGUUGAUGUCCUUGAAAAAUGGAAGCAAACCUGCGAACAGUCCCUCGACAACGGUUGAAAUUCUUCAACCUCCUCCGUUGAUUCCAGAUUCUAGCGUUGACAAGCCAAAAUGCAACACCUGCUUCAAGAGUCCAUGCUGUUGUCGGGUCACACUCCCAAACUCUGCACUGCAGCCUAAACUCUCCAACAUUCCAUCCCCAGCAAUUCAAUACCCGGAAACUUUCAGCAAUCCACAGUCUUCCACGUGGCCAUGCUACCCCACUGGUACGGGUCAUCAAACCUACGAAAGCUGCAUGGGAACCACCCAAACCAUGUCAAGUUAUCCAACCAGCUCAAUCGAAAGUUUCCAACCGGAAGAAAUCUUCCAACUGGAUCAACCACUGCGAGUAGGUCCACCGCAACCGAUGCACAGCAACGUUGUCCCACCUCCAACAACCCUGCUAGAUCUUGGCAGCGGGACAAUUUACAAAAAGUGCAAUCAAAUCGCACCCGACUACUUCAUCUCCGGCAACGGAAACCUGUUCAACGACUACUUAACGCAUCCCGGACCGUUGAGCGACAAAUCGAUGGGACCGUCUCCGACCCAAUACCCAACAGCGGACCUGCCGCGGUCCAUCAAGAAAGAAUCCCUCCCAAAAUCGUACGAAUGCAGCAGCUAUGGUCAACGCCAGCCGACCCCGUCAAGAUUUGACUGUGAUAGUCAGCAAAGCUGCCGGAAGGCGCAGAAAGCUGCAAACCUGAACAACAAUAACCAUCAUGGCGGCCAAUAUGGCGCCGGUGGCGCUUACGCCACGUGUGACGAAGUCAAUUACUGCUACCAAACGGCUUCCGGUACUUAUCAACAGCAGCAGCAGCAGCUUCAACAGCAUGGCUACGGAGGAGCUCAAACGGAUGAGGCCGGCGGAACUCAGAUGCUGAUGGCCAAUGGAUACGCCGAUGAGUACUAUCGAUAUUCUGACGGGGGCGGAGGGGGAGGGUACGGGAAGUUGAGCGCGGUCGGAACCGGAGUGCAGAUGAAUUCGGAUGUUCAGCUUGCUUCGUAUGAUUUUUACUAA